GGUCCCGCCAAUAUAGAAGUCUAUUGAUGCCCGUCGCGCUCGCGCCUUCGCUUCCUCUCUCUGCGCUCGCGACACCGUCAGACCACCACGCUCACUACCACCGGCUCCGGCCACUCACAUUGGACGCUCUGCUCCAACAACCGCACUCGUUCAUCGACGCACGUCUAGACGACGUGCCACCCACGCUCUCUAGCAGCUUCAUCGACAGACAGACCAGGCGUCAAACCCCCGAGACAGUCCCAGCCAUCGUCUUGACGACGACACGUCUCUCAGAGCAUCAACCAUCGACCCUCGAUCGCCCGCUCUUCCGUCAUCGUCCAAUAUCGACCAUCUCUUCGCAACAUCCGCGACAACAAACAAUUGUCGUCCCAGCAUUCCUGAGCUCAGCGUCAUCGCGCAUCCAAUUCGACCCCCAACUGAUCGGAUCGACCCAUUCCAAUCGCCGUCAUCAUGCGCUUCUUCGAUCUCUCCGCGAGCGCUAUCGCAGCCGCUGCGCUGCUCCAAGGUGCCGUCGCGGCCGAGCAACCUCAGGGCUACGGCGCCGGUGAAGCCACCACCUCGGCGGUGACGACUUACUACACGACCAUGACCGUCUACCGUGUCGCAACCACCGUGACCGCAACCCGAAACGGAUCACUGACCGCCUACCCCACUACUGGUGGACCAACGACUCUGGUGGCAUCAGCGACAAUCCCAAGCUACGGCAACGGCACCAAUGUGCAUCCUGGCGCUGCUCCGACGACCGGAGUCGAAGCAUCGCAAGGCGGCGCCAGCGGACUUCAAGUAUGUUCCAUGGGCGUCGCACUUGCCGCUGGUGUGGUUGGUCUGCUCUUCAUCUAAGCAGACUGGUCACAACGGGAUGCCACUUGGUAUCGUUUCUUGCAUCGCGGCGUGCUUGCGCGCUCGCGCCAUUCUUAGGAGCAGAGGAGAGGAGGAGAUGUUUGUCGAUGUUGACCGUUCUUACGACUUAUGCAUGAUGGAAGCGCGCUUCACUGUUGAUGUUCUUCAGCUGGGAGGUCUUGCGAAUGGGAGGAAAGCUUUCCGUCGUCGCCUCUCUUGGCGUCGACGGAUGCGCAUGGACGAGCCUAUACCCUAGGAAGCGAUGAUGACUGACCGAACGAAGAUAUACCCCCUUUUUUUCGACACUUCGUGUGGAUUUCUUUCGAUUACCCUUCUUGGAUAGAUAGAUUUAGCUUGGUGAGAA